AUGAGUUUUGUCGUUAACAUUUUUCUCAUUUGUUCUUACUUGCUUCUUCUUCCACUCCCUUCUGCUUCUCAUCCCUUAUGCCUUGAUUCAAAGGCACCAUUUAGGCCGAAGAUCCCUUUGGAAUUUUGUCCUAACGAUGAGAGUGUUUGCUGCGACUCCAACCAGGAGUUGGAAUUGAAGAAAGCAUUUCAGUCUAUGAACAUUUCUCACCCUGCUUGCGCUUCUCUUGUUAAGUCUAUACUUUGUGCGAAAUGCAAUCGGUUCUCGGCGGAUUUAUUUGGAAUCGAUACAGGGACUCGAACGGUUCCAGUUCUCUGUACUAUUUCAGAAAAAUCAAUUGUGUCCAAUACUUCUUCGAAUGACUUCUGUUCAAACGUCUGGGAAGCGUGCAAAGCUGAACCUAUAAUAAACUCUCCGUUUAUGCCUUCAUUACAAAGUAGAACUAAAGUUCCUGUUAGUUCUACACCUUCCAUAUUAACAGACACAUGCCAUUCGAAGAGUGAUUUUUGUAGAUUAUUUGGCAGAACUUCAGAAGAUAAAUUAGUAUGUUUCAAUGGGACAUCGACUUUGCUACACAAUACCGAAAAUCCCCAGCCACCAAGUGGCAUUUGCCUUGAGCAAGUCACUAGUGGUCCUUACCUUUAUAUGGAUGCUCAUCCAGAUGGAUCCAACCGUGUUUUCUUGGCGAGCCAACAAGGUAAGAUAUGGUUGGCAACUGUUCCUGAAGAGGGAAAUGGAGAAGAAAUGGUAAUAGAUGAAUCGAAUCUAUUUGUGGACUUAACUGACACUGUACACGUGGAUACUGAGUUUGGGCUGUUGAGUGUGGCAUUCCAUCCAAGAUUUGUACAGAAUGGACGCUUCUUUGCUUCUUAUAUUUGUGAUGGGGAUCAAUGGUCUGGAUGUUCAGGAAGGUGUGCAUGUAACACAGAUGUUAACUGUGAUCCUUCAAAGCUUCCUCCUGUUUUCGGAUCUCGGGCAUGCCGGUUUCAUGUUACAGUAUCAGAGUUUACAGCUAACAGUAGCGCAUCUGAUCCAGCCUCGGCAACACGAGGCAAUCCAUCUGAAGUGAGAAGGAUAUUCACGAUGGGCAUUGCAUACAAAAAUGCUAUUGCAAGCCAACUUCUCUUUGGUCCUGACAGGUAUUUGUACUUCCUGACGGGAGAUGGUGAAACUGAACUCGAUCCUUACAAUCAUGCCCAAAACAAGAAAUCCAUGCUCGGGAAACUUUUGAGGCUUGAUGUUGAUAACAUUCCAAGUGCAACAGAACUAAGCAAACGCAGCGCGUGGGGAAACUACUCUAUCCCGAGUGACAAUCCAUAUAUUUAUGACAAGGGAUCACUGCCUGAAAUUUGGGCUUUGGGACUACGAAACCCUUGGCGCUGUAGUUUUGAUUCAGAGAGGCCAUCUUACUUUCUUUGUGUAGACUCUGGCAAGGAUCAAUAUGAAGAAGUGAAUAUAGUCAUGAAAGGUGGGAACUAUGGAUGGCCAUAUUUUGAGGGAGAUUUUCCUUUCCAUUCUCUAAAUUCUUCUGGAGGAAAGAACAAUAUGAACUCCACAGACUUCAUUUCUCACGUUAUGGGAUAUGAUCAUUCCCAGGCUAAUACGAACGAAGGAUCUUCAUCAAUUGCAGGUGGUUUUUUUUAUAGGUCCAAAACUGAUCCAUGCUUAUAUAGCAAGUAUGUGUUUACAGAUCUGUACGGUUUUGCCAUGUGGGCAGGGACAGAAAAUCCAGAAAAUAGUGGGAACUUUACAAGUGGAAAGGUUUUAUUUGGUUGUGCGCAUGACUCUCCAUUGCAGUGUAAGUUGGGGAAAACACAUCCCCAAGGACCUCACCUUAAUUUGAAUUAUGUGUAUUCAAUGGGAAUGGAUAAUAGGAAAGAUAUUUUUCUGUUAACAAGUAAUGGUGUGCUCAGAAUUUCUCGUCCUAGUCGUUGCAACUAUAAGUGCUCAAAAGAGAAAUUCACGGGUUUUCAGGUUCCACGGCAUUCUCAUUCAUAUGAAGCUGGCACGGAUAUUAAGGGUUCACAAACUGGCUCAGUUGAUUAUGGGUUCUGUUUGUUGGGUGAUUUUGUGAAGAGGGGUUAUGAUCCUAAUGUAGUGACUUACACUACUUUGAUUAAGGGUCUUUGUAUGCAAGAACGGGUAGGUCCUGCACUUGAACUUUUCGAGAAAAUGAUUGAACAAGGUAUUCGCCCGAAUGCUGUUACAUUUAACACUCUUAUAUGCGGGUUUUGUAGGAAUGGGGAAAGGAUGAUGGGGAAAUGGAACUGUACUCCUAAUGUGAUCACUUAUACUUCUUUGAUUCAUGGAUUUUGCAAUUCUGGCAAGUUAAAUCAAGCAAUCGGAUUGAGUUGCAGAUUGGAUGAAGCUAUUCAACUCUUUUACGAAAUGGAACAAAAUGGUAUCAAAGCCAACCAAGUUACUUAUAACACCCUAAUUGCUGGACUAUGCCGAGUUGGAAAAGUUAGCACUGCAGGAUGUUUAUUUGUCCAUCUACAAAUGGCCAGUGAAAAUGGUGAAGAGACAGUGGAGCUCUUGCUAUGUUUAUGUAACUUCAGCGGAAUCAUAUGGAAGUGUCUAGGAGGUAUGUUUUUAUUUAUCAAUCCUACUUCUUCUGAAGAUAUCUUGAACUUUACAAAGUCUAAGAUCAGCGCAGUUAAGGAAAUUUGGUUGGUAGCUGCUUCUGUAACUAUGAUGGAACUAUGGUUUCUUAGAAACAGAAUUGUAUUUGAGAAUGCUGUGCCUGAUGUUACCAAAUUCAAGAAGAGAGUCAUGAAAUUUACUGGAGAUUGUAAUAUUAGAAUGAAGGGUAAUAUAGAAGCGAAUAGUACGGACACGACAAAUGAAAUUCAAGUUCUGGUUUGUUGUGAUGGUGGUGCUAGUGGGGGUGAUCCUAGUGUUGCUGGGUAUAAUUUCAUAAUUAAAGAUCACAGAGGUGGUUUUCUUUUUGCCAAUCAGCAGGGUCAGGCAUUACUAUAUACUUCCUGGCUGAAGUUGGCUAUUAUUUAUGCAUCUGAAUGGGCUGUGGUGGAGGUAGUUAGAAACCUGCUUAUCUACUCUGAUUCAAAGUCGGUAAUCUCCAUUUACUGUUCUGGACCUCUGGUAACGUACCAUGGUUUGUGA